AUGAGACCUCGUGAGUUCAACAACAACAUUGUCCAACUUAAUGCGACAUUCACAUCACUGAAGGAACAAAUUUGUGCACAACAGGGCAGCAGCAACUCUCUAACAGAAGAAUUAUCGUACAAUGCCCUUGUUUUGGCUUACAACUCCGUGGACCUAGAUCAAUUCAAAGCAUUCAUGGGAGUAAAGGACAAUUCAGCUAUCCAACCCCACAAAGAUCUUAUGCCAAAAGCCAAUGCAAAAUUCCUAGACCUGGAUGAGAAGAAAGUGUGGAAUGUCCCUUCACAAAGUCAACAGCUUAUGUCCUUAACGACACUAAUCUCCAAGGCAGAAAAGAAGACUAUCAAUGUCCAACAACAGCUGGAAAGGUCAAAACAGUCCCGCAAGGAAAAUCCAAACAUAAAACUUCACCUGUUGAUCAAGCAGCUGACAGUGCCAAAAGACAGUGGCAGACAAACGUUGAUACAUGGAUGCUUGCCAAACCCAAGAAGGGAGAGGAGACCAAGGUGGUACAGAAGAAAGGUCUGA